CUUUCUGAUAAUUUUAUGCAGACCUCAAAUCGCUAUGUUAAGUUGCCAUCUUCUAUGUCUGAGGUUGGAGACAAUUCAAGCCUUUGGGAAGGAAUUCUUCCUGCUAAUCGUUCAACUCUGUCUUCUUACAAGAAAGACCAGAGUUUAACCGUUAAAUCUUCAAUUGGUCUUUUCUGCAAUGAGAAAAUUUUGUUGAUUCCUAAGAGGAAAAAUAUACACCACAUAAAUCACGAAAAAGAUUUCACCACUAACUCUUCGGUGGAGGAAGAAACAAAGGGAAAACUGAUUGCUCGGUGUUCUUUGAAGAAGCCUAAAAUUGAAAACCUAACUCAACUUAUUGAGGAUCCUCAAGAGUCUUCAUCUAUUAGUAGGGGAAAACAACAGAACAAUAGUUCUUCCAUAAUCGAUCUGGUAAAGCAUGAGAAAGUGGAAGUCUCUGAUUAUAGAAGCUUCCAAAGUGCUCAAAUUAGUUCAGCAGCGCUGCUUAGAGAAGAGUUAAUUGCACAAAGGAGUCAGAAAGACGAGGUUGUUAUGCCAAGUCCUGUGCCUUGUGGUGAUGAAGAAAGAAAAGGAUCAGCUUUUUUGAUACAGGUCAAAGAGAAGCUUACAGAUUCAGAGUAUGAACAGUUUGUGGCUUGUAUGAAGGCACUCAAGUCUAAGACCAUGAAGAUAGGUCAAGCUUUAGAAUCCAUUGUGAGAAUUUUCUCUUCUCCAGAUAGGCUUCCUCUUCUUCAAAGAUUCAAGGAUUAUAUCCCAGCAAAGUACCACUCCUUGUAUGAGCAGUGCCUGAAAAGAAAUGAUGAUGCAAUUGAACUAUGUAAAGCACUUAAGGCCAACGAUACAUAGUCAAUCACCUUGCUAUUGAGAUUAAACAAAGUAAGAAAUAUGAAAACGCAAUCUCAAUAUGAAGAGCUGUUCUGUAUAACUACUGCCAAGAAAGAAUGUAUGCUCCAUUGUGCUGUGGGGCUUUUACUUCCAGAUUAUGGGAAGCCACAAGUUGGGUCUCCAUCUGUCCAAAUUUUGAAGCUUAAGAAUUGGAAGUUUUUGCUUCAAAGUAGUGAAGCUAUACAUGGUGAAGGAGAUUUUGCUGCGCCAGAACUUGCUAAAAAGAAGACAAUAGAUUCACAUUCUAGACGCUGAAGGUUAUGGAGCAGAAUCCAAUAAAGGAAUUGGCAAUGAGAGGUAAGAUGCGCAUAUGCAGUCGUUUGUACAUCCACAAUGUCACAGUUCCUCUUUUUUUUGGUCCUGUAAAAGAAUUUAUACAGUUCUGCUAACUUAUCUUGUAAAAGAUAACUAUUUGAUCAGCUGUUGGAAUCUUUGGCGAUUUUGAGGAGCGAAGGAAUGCAGUUGAUGUUGAUUAAACCA